ACGUGAGUGUAGUAGUCUACUGAUCCCAGCUCUGAUCGGUUAAUAUCAACAGUGAUCAAAUUGUGUUAUUUUUAUUGUGAAGAACAUCUCAAGAAACUUGCUGCCACUUUUAUAUCUUGAGGAAAAUAUAAAUAUUUUUCAUUCCUAAUCCAUUUAAGUACUGCAACAAGAAUUACUCAUAAUAUUCUUAACGUACGCCGGAAAUCAAGUGAGCUACAGAACGUAAGUGCUCUUGCUUAAGAGCUUUAACAAAUACUCGCAGAAACUACUUUACUGACGCUGACGACUACAGCUGCGCAAGAUGCCACCAGUGUCAAGGAAUUCACGAUUGUCUCUCUCCUCCAUCAGAGAAGAAGAGGAUGCAGAAAGUGCGGAGGCAAAACUGGUGAUGCGCAAACUAAAUAGCGUGUUGUACCGCGGGGUGGAGCGCUACCUCACCUACGACGCCUUCCUUGUGCCCCGCAACACUCUCCACAGGGCAGCCCAUGAUGUCCUCAGACAGUGUUCUGACCGCCCACAUGGACUCCACAGUGCUCUGGUCGAGCUCUACCUCAGUGACGGACACUCUUCCAAACGGUUAGCACAAAUGGUUGCUGACCCCCGACAAGAGGUGAAGACAGUCAUCAAACUGACAUUACACCAGGACCAUGCAUCAGACCCCACCACACUUCACCUCCAAUCCAGCUAUACCAUGGAGCGCCACUGCUUGCAGUGAUCAUCGUUGUACUAUACAGUACCUGCCCAUCUUGUUUUAUAUACCAUGAAGGUUAUACAAUACAAUAAUAUUUCCAUAAUGCUUCAGGGUAGCAUGGAUAAUUCUUAUUAAUUAUUGAGAAGAGCAUAAGUUUUCAUCACCAGUCUGCCAUAGUGGUGGAGCGAUGUGGAGUAAGGAACUGGACAGCAGCUGUUUUUCCAGUUGACUUUCACAAGAGCUUCUCGACCAGAGGCGUGUGAUGAAAUCACCACAUAUUACACUCUUACAAAUACUGAUUGGAAUUUGGACUUGUAAAGCAUAGCUUUCAGGCCCACCCCUCCUCUGACUGGUGAAGGAGGGCAGCUGCCUUAUACAGGUAGUGAUGAUUUCUCCUUGACCAUGACCAUCUCUGAAUUGCUGUUUUGUCAGUUUACACAAUCCAAGAGGCUAAAUUCAAAUAGUAUCAGGUGUGACUAACAAAGAUAAUUUUAAAAGUUAGUGCAAGUGUGUUAGUGGUUGUGUGUGUGUGUGUGUAUAAUUGUUAAACAUUACAGUAUACAAUACUGUGCAGUGAAUAUUACUGCCAAAUAUCCGAGUGUUAGUAAAUUUUUACUGUAAUUAGGGAUACACAGUAGAAUAACUUUCUAAUAGUAUGACUGGUGCAGUGUGUCCAGUUUUGUUUUACCAUGCCUUAUAUUUAAGUAAUUACUGUUUCUUAGUUGUUGAUGCAAUCAUGUUUGAAGGUACAGUACUACAUAAUUAUUUUGAAUAAACAUAUUUGCUGAAUGAAAAAUGUUAAGAAAUUUUUACUAUGAUUGUAUGUGCCCAAAAUGUACUGUACUUCGUUCUAAAAGAGGUGGUACACUGGUAACAUGUCAAGGGUUGAGCAUCGGCCCGGACAUACAUGGGAAAGGUGUUAUCUUGUGUGAACCUACCAAACAUCACAGGUUCCCCAGUCCCCGGUUUCCACCUGUAGUAACACUGGAUACUUGAGGAUAGACCCAGUGCCGGAUUUAGACCUGUGGAGGCCCAUGGGCAGCCUCUUUGUGGAGGCCCCCCUCAUUAUAACUACCCAAGAGGGUGGGGUGGCGAGUGAAGCGAGCCUAAACA